GCACCACUGUUUGUUGUUGAUGAAACGUCAAACAAAAACGAAGGGAAUGAAUGGUCACGUUUGACGUUUUACCGGCUGAUGAUUGAAAGAUAGUUAAUUGUGGGUGGGUUACCUUACGCCCUCAUGUAGCGCGUUUUGGUUUGAGAUGUUAAGUCCCAGGACCUUAGCACUCCGCAGGAAAAAUAGAGAUCUUCUGGAAGCUCUUGAUCUAAAAUUAUGUGACCAAAUAAAAAAUUAUAAUGUUGGGCCAGAGUUAGAGAGGAACACUGCGCACAGGACUGAUAUCCAUAAUUCUUCUCUGCAGCAGUGCAGUGAUACUAGUCGUCAUAUGGUUUUGGGGGACCAAAGUGUACUUCAACAACUGACUCAAACGUACAGUCAUGACAACUUUUCUGGAAUUCAGUCCACUCUGAGCUCAGGAGAUCCAACUCAUACUAAGGUGUAUGAUGUUAUUUCUGGAACGCAAAACAGCUAUCUAAAGAGGAACUCACAGAACAAUAUGAAGAAGAAUGUGAGUGAUUCCAGGACAUCUGAAAGACUCAAGUCAAUUUCACUGCAACAGCAACGUGCUGCAGAAGUUCAAAUGCAUGCACCAACCCACUCACAUGCUAUAUCAAAAUGCUAUUGCACCCAAGAAAACAAUAUUCAAGCCAAGGCAGACAGCAAAUAUGUUGUUCAGCUUUACAGCCAAAAACAACGAAUUCCAACAAGGGUGAAGCAACAAAGAUAUCGUGCAGCCUCAGUUCCAAGAAACUUGAGAGCAGUGAGGUGGGCUGAUACAUGUGACCAAUUUGACAGGAAAUGGUCCAAAAUGGAUGACUUAUCUGCAUUACCAUCAGGAAACUCAUCAGAGGUUUCUGUUAAUUACGCUCAUGCUACAAUACCUGAAAUCUGUCCCUCAAGACAGUAUGAAAAUGAGCCAGAGAUUAAUUUGCUUGACAAAGUAAAGCACUUUAGGGAAUCCCACUGGUCUGAUUGUCAUGCAACAACAUGUGAGGGAACUUCACCAGCUGAUCAUGAAUGUGUCAAGCACUAUGUGCUUAAUGAACGAUUAUUCUUAGAACCAUUGCAUAAAGAUGAAGGUGGACAUGGCACUUGUCCAGUUUGUCCGUCUUCCUCCAACAAUUCAUGUAGAACUCAGUGUCUCAAAGAAAGUUUGUACUCUCCGUUGAAAUCAACAUCCCAAAAUCAAUCAAAUCACAUAAUAGUGACUUUACCAAAAGUUAUUCAAGAACCUGAUAACCUAAGUAGAGGUGUUUCUUUAUCUAGUCAGAAUAAUAGUAUAGGAGACAGUAAAAAAGCUUGUUACAGUGUGAGCCAUCACAUUGGUUCUGCUAAAAAGAGUACAUUUGUUUGCCCAAGUGAUACUUUAGCCCUCCGUUACCAAAAGAGAGACAUUUAAUGCUGUGCAUUAACUCAAUGAAUUUAAGUUUUUUUAUCACAUUUUUAUUGAAGAUUGGUGUUUUGAUAAUCGUUAAAAGAAUUACCUCUGUAUCCUGUUGUGAUGGUUCCUUUUCCUCAUACUUUUCUUCAGAUGUAUGUGCAAGCCUGAACAAAACAUAAAUAUUCACUUCUAAAAGAAAUGUGAACCUCAGCUAUAUUGAGGUAAAAAAGCCAGAUUACAUACCAUUGUGUUGUUGAUGGUGCUAAACAUUUACUGGGGUCUAACAGGCUUGUUUUUGAGGUGAAUAUUUUCAUGACGCUUGACAUGUGAAAUAUGGUUAAACACUUUACCACAAAUUUCACACAUGAAUGGCUUAUUGUUAGUGUGAAUUCUGUAAUAAAGGUACAAAUAGAAAACUUAAAAAA